AAAAGGAAGAAAAGGAAGAAAUAAAAAAUCUUGAACAGAACACUUGUGUGUCCUCCAUCUCUGUAUCUGGAGGUAGUGAAGCAAUGGCGACGAGAUAUUGGAUUGUCUCUCUCCCACUCCAAGCCUCCUCUUCCGCCUCUUCUCUUUGGACUCGCUUGCAAGAUUCCAUCUCCAAAAACUCCUUCGACACUCCUCUCUACAGGUUCAAUAUUCCCAAUCUUCGUGUUGGCACUUUAGAUUCCCUUCUAUCACUUAGCGAUGAUCUUAUUAAGUCUAAUAACUUCAUUGAAGCUGCGUCACAUAAGAUACGUCGUCAGAUCGAGGAUUUGGAAAGGGUUUCUGGUGUUAAUAGUACUUCCUUGACUGUCGAUGGAGUUCCUGUUGAUUCUUAUCUUACUAGGUUUGUGUGGGAUGAGGCUAGGUAUCCGACGAUGUCUCCUCUUAAAGAGAUUGUUGAUGGCAUCCAUGUACAAGUUGCUAAGAUAGAAGAUGAUCUUAAGGUUCGGGUUGCUGAAUAUAACAACGUUCGCAGUCAACUUAAUGCCAUAAACAGAAAGCAAACUGGAAGUUUAGCUGUUCGUGAUCUGUCUAAUAUAGUAAAGCCUCAGGAUCUUGUCACAUCAGAACAUCUGGUGACACUCCUUGCUGUUGUGCCCAAGUAUUCACAGAAAGAUUGGCUGUCAAGUUAUGAGACACUUACAACUUAUGUGGUUCCCAGAUCAUCAAAGUUGCUACACGAGGACAAUGAAUAUGCUCUUUAUACUGUUACUUUAUUCAAUCGCGAUGCUGACAAUUUUAGGACCAAGGCACGUGAAAGAGGUUUUCAAGUCCGGGAUUUUGAAUACAACUCAGAGACACAAGAGUCUCGGAAGCAGGAGCUUGAAAAAUUGCUGCGAGACCAGGAUACUCUAAGGAGCUCUCUCCUUCAGUGGUGCUAUGCUAGUUAUGGGGAGGUUUUCACUUCCUGGAUGCACUUUUGUGCUGUACGUGUGUCUGUAGAAAGUAUUCUAAGAUAUGGAUUGCCGCCGACAUUCUUGUCUGUUGUGUUGUCGCCAUCUGUAAAAAGCGAGAAGAAAGUACGUUCGAUAUUAGAGGGAUUAUCAGACAGUUCAAACAGUACAUUUUGGAAAGUUGAAGAUGAAGGAAGCAUGGGCGGUUUCGGAGGUGAUGCUGAUGCAUAUCCUUAUGUUUCCUUUACCAUUAAUCUUAUAUGAGUUAGGCAUUUGCAGUGUCACUAUGCAUCUAAAAUUCUUCAUUGGGCAUCAUCGAAUAAGAGAGAGAUUCGGAACUUGCUGUAUUAUAGGGUCAGUUACCCAAAUAUAUAACUUUAUUGAGUGUAUGUAAUUUGUAUAAGCACCUUAUUUCUCUCUCCAAUUCUGUAUCGAGGCUUUAGUUUGUUUACGUGUCCCAGUUUUAAGGCUGUACAACAUUGGCUAUUUUCUUUAGUAGUGGCGUAUAUAAGUCGGUCACAACAAGAAGUUACGAAAGUUGUGUACUUACUCUUUAGAAUCUUCAUUCAAGUACGUAUCAUGAUUCAUGAAGCACAUUUAUAUGCAACACAAGUUCUGUAUAUUUGUUGGAUACC